AUGUCCCUGCCUUCAUCUCCUUCUUUGGUGAGAGGCGGAAAAGUUGGCACCGAGGUGGUACAAGCAUCGGUGGACCAAAAGAUGACAUCGAUGGAGUAUCUGGUGCUCAACCUUUGCGACCCUACGCUACGCGAGAGAUCCCUCGCGGAGCUCUCUAAGGAGAGGGAGAUGUUUCCGGAUCUGGCCCCUUUGUUGUGGUACUCAUUCGGCACAAUUGCCGCGUUGGUCCAGGAGAUUCUAAGAAUCUACCCUGCGCUUUCGCCUCCAACUUUAACGUCUGCUGCAUCAACACGGGUUUGCAACGCACUCACACUUUUUCAGUGCGUUGCAUCACGCCCUGAGACCAGAAGCUCUUUCAUAGAAGCUGAUAUUCCAUUGUACCUGUACCCAUUCUUGCGUACCGUAGACAAGGCCCAAGCUUUUGAGCAAUUGCGGCUCGCCACUUUGGGUGUCAUUGGUGCUCUGGUAAAGGAUGAGAAUACUAAAGCUACUGAGUAUUUGCUCAAAUGUGAAACCAUUCCUUUGUGCUUGAAUAUCAUGGAGAUAGGCAAUGAGCCUUCAAAAACCGUGUCCACUUUCAUUCUCCUAAAGGUUCUGCGAAACGAACUUGGUCUGCAUCGCUGUUGUGACACUCGCGGUCCUUUCUAUGAUAUUGCUUUUGCUUUACAAAAGAGGGUUAACUCACCAGACGAACGGCCUUCGGCAAGGUUGCUGAGGUGCAUUAUCCAGUGUUACCUUAGGCUAUUAGAUCAUCCUAGGGGCCAUGCGGUGUUAAAAACAUGGUUUCCCAGCGUGCUACAGACCGGGACAUUCAAUGACUAUCUCACGAAGGAUCCUUCAAUGCAAGAGUGUCUGCAGCAACUGUUGGCUAAGAUGGAGGCUGGGAGUCCCAUCAGGUCGCUCCAUUUUCUCCGCUGCAGUGACAACGCUAUCAUACCAUGA